GGAUUCUAUCCCCAACUCUGGGAGGGGAGUGUGGUCUAGUGGUUAGAGUAGGUAGCGGGUUCCCUGCACUCUCCUCUCUAGCUGAUCUCUCUCCGUUCCAAGUGGUUGAUGUUGCUCUGGGUCAUCGCAGGCACUGACCAGCCCUUCGCUCUUUCCUCUGCUCCCCGGUGCCGCGGCUGCCCAGGGGUCACCAUGAGGCAUCUCAUCUGGCUGCUGUUCCUCCCGGGUUUUGUGUGUCAAUGUGUCCAGCCACCCGUCGAGGUCCCCGAGUCCCUGAUCGCUUGGACGGGGGCCUGUCUGUCCAUCCCGUGCCGCUAUAAAUCCUGCCUCCUGAAUCCCAGAAGGAUAAACAAAGUGACCAUCAGCUCCCUGACCUGGUACCUGAACCCUGUGUAUGACCCUGAGAAGAAAGAUUUCUAUGGCACCGUCCUCUAUAAACACAACGCCUCCAUCAGCCCGGCCUUCGCAGGGCGCGUGAGGUUCCUGGGGGACCUGGAGAGAGAUUGCAGCCUGCAGCUGUCUGACCUGCGGGCCAGUGAGAACGGCACGUACGGGCUGAGACUGAUCGUCUUGAAGCCCGGGAAGAAGCAAGGAGAGGAGAAGUGGAUAACUAACAUAGGUGUUAAUGUGAUUGAUUCGCCUCCAGCUCCUCAAAUCCAACCACCCAGUGAGCUCAGGGAGUCAGCCCUGGCCCAUGUGGUUUGCUCCAUAGGCUAUCACUGCCCCGACUACCCCAUAACCCUUACGUGGAUCGGUUUGGGCCAUGGGACCCCUGAGACCAUCAUGAGGACAGAGAGCGGAAGGACCGAGAACACACUGACUUUCACACCCACCUGGCAGGACCAUGGGACAAAUUUAACUUGCCGGCUCAGCACCCCGGCUGGGACACCGAACUCUGAGAGUAGCGUGGUGCUGGAUGUGAAAUAUGCCCCUAAGGGAGUCCAGUUGAAUGUGACACCCGGACAGACUAUCCGAGAGGGAGACAGACUCGUGCUGAUGUGCAUGACCAAUGGCAGUAACCCCCCCAUCUUCAUGUACAACUGGCGUAAGGACACACGGUACCUGCAGGGGCAAGAGCAGAAGUGGGAGUUUGACGCCAAGGGGGACGAGGAUUCCGGCUCCUAUCUCUGCGAAGCUGUCAAUGAAAUAAGCCUGGUCCGAUCCCCAGAGCUUCAGAUAGACGUCCAGUAUGCCCCAAAGGAUGCUCAUGUUGAACUACUGGUGGGCUUGCCGAUCCAGGAAGGGACCAUGGUUGUGCUCAGCUGCUCCUGUAGGGCUCAUCCACCCGUCAGCAGCUACACAUGGUACAGAAACAGCCAGCACAUCCCAGCACAAACCCAGCAGACGCUGCGCUUCGACAAGAUUCAUGCUGACCAGUCCGGUUCCUACCAUUGCAAGCCUCAGAACAGAGUCGGGAUGUCGGAAUCGCCAGCUAUUACAGUUGAUGUACAGUACCCCCCCAGGGAGGUACGAAUCACCCUUGAAAACCCCCUGUGCAUCCGGGAAGGCAACACAAUGAUGCUGAACUGCUCUGUGGGCAGCAGUAACCCCCCAGUGACCAAGUAUACGUGGUACAAGGAUAACAGCCAGUACUGGGAGACUGAAGAGAGCAUCCUGACCUUCCCUGCUAAAAAAGAGCGGUCUGGUAACUACAGCUGUGAGGCUCAGAACGCGAUUGGCUAUGGACGGUCUCCGCCUGUCUCCAUGGAUGUGCAGUAUGCCCCCAAGCAUGUUGCCGUGGUGCGGCAGCCAUCGGGGUUCAUUGAGGAGGGCGAGGCCGUGACCCUGGAGUGCUAUGUAGGUAGCGCCAACCCCUCCGACCUGCACUACACCUGGUACAAGGAUGAGGCGCUGCAGGGCGAGAACUCUGCCAGGCUGAAGCUGGUGGCCGUGGUGUCGGCUGAUUCGGGCCAGUACCGGUGUGAGGCUCAGAAUGACGUGGGCACCACCCCUGCUGAGCCUAUCCCACUGGAUGUCUGGUAUGGCCCCCGGGAUGUACAGCUGUCCGUGACCCCGCGGGGGCAGAUUGUGGAGGGGAUGGAGGUGAUGCUGCGGUGCUGGGCCGAUGCCCACCCGCCCAUCCUGGGCUACGACUGGUACCGGGAUGGCCAACUGCAGGCGCGCCAGAGCCAAGCUGUGCUGAUCAUCCUGGCCGUGAAGGUUGGGGCGUCUGGGCACUACCACUGUCGGGCCAGAAACCAGAUCUCCUACGGGGACUCCUUGGCCAUCCCCCUCACCGUCUACUCCAGCUCCAUGACUAUAGCCAAGAACUCAGCUCUAGGGGUCGGUGUGGUGGUAGCAUUUAUCCUCCUGCUGGUGGUGCUGGUCUUUUCCCUUAGGCGAUGGAGGAAGCGGCGUCUUCCCGAGCUGGUUGUGGAGCCUUUGGGCAGGCAAAGGAGAUCAUUCUUUCCUAGGAGACGGGAACCUUUGAAAACCCAGCGGCCUGCCAGCUCAGUGGGGUGCCUGAAUGGAGUUUCCUUAGAUGCUGUCAAUUAUUCUACACUCCAGUUCCCACCCAGCCACCCCCAGGGGAUGACCACCCCUGCCAGGGUGCCAGGAAACUCGAGGCAGCGAGUGAAGCCAGGGGGCCUGGAUGAAGCUGUUAUUUACAGUGUGGUGAAGAAACCCAACCUGCAGCCCAAGGGCGAAGCAAAGGGCGACUAUGAGAAUGUGGGGACCCACCCGGAGGAGGAGGAGGAGCUGAACUACUGCACCCUGGUGCUGCCCGGCCCACGCCCCCGGGCCUCACACGGCCACUGGGAGUCCGAGUCGGACUCAGAGUCGGAGGAGAGUGUCCAGUAUGCGGCCCUGAGGCACUGAGCCUUCCCCGGAUGAGGCCAGCUCCCCACUGGCCCUGGAGACGUCUGUGGACCCAUAGAACCCGGCCACAGACCCACGGAGCCCAGCCACGGACCCACGGAGACUGGCCACGGACCCAUGGAGCCCGGCCAUGGACCCACAGACCCAAAGAGCCUGGCCACAGACUCACAGAGUCCAGCCACAGACCCAUGGAGACUGGCCAUAGACCCACCGAGCCCAGCCAUGGACCCACAGAGCCUGGCCACGGACCCAUGGAGCCCAGCCAUGGACCCACGAAGCCUGGCUACGGACCCACAGGGCUGCACCAUGGACCCAUGGAACCCAGCCACGGACUCACCGGAUGGAGCCUGGCCCCAGCCACUCUGGACUCUCAGCUCCAGCUGAACUCUGGAUACUGGGCCCCAUCUAGAGACUCAGACCCUGGGCGAGGGGGCGGGGUCAGUGGCUCUAGUGCCGGAUCUGGACAGGGGAGCAGAGCGGAGGCGGGGCGGGCAGAGCCUGUGCACCUAGAGAUAAACACACGAGAUGUGAUGCAGGGCCAAGGGAUGGGGUGUUCCAGCCAGCAGGGGGCAGCAGGGAGACACACACACACACACACACACAGAGCAAGGGAUGGGGUAUGGCAGCCAGCAGGGGGCAGCAGGGACACACACACACACACACACACACACACAGCAAGGGA